AUGAUAGGAACUGACUGCUAUCAUAUUAUCAUUGAAAUUCCUACAGACAGCCAAUCCAAGAACGACUAUAGAUAUUCAGAUUUACACAUAACUACAAUUGAUAACACAAAGAGGAAACCUUUGAGGAAAAUGAGUCGAUCCACUGAACCUAUCAAAGCAAAAUUCUUAGGUCAAGGUAUAGUAAGACUAUACAGAGAAUUCGAUGAUGAUAGUGAUUUAGAAGAUAUUAACGAAGAUGAAGAAACUAAACCUCAUAAGAUUGAACAAGAUGUAUCGGGUGAUGAUACCAUGUUAUCAAUUGUUUCCAUACCCACAUAUUUCACUGCCACCGAUAUUCUUGGUUUUAUAGGUGAAAGUUUCAUAGAAUCCAUAACUCAUAUCAGAAUUAUCAAAAGUGAAAGGGCCAAUAGAUUUUUGGUACUAUUAAAAUUCAAUGACAUUCUUAAGACAGCCGAAUUUCAAUAUAAAUUCGAUGGUAAACCUUUCAAUUCUAUGGAACCUGAAAAUUGUCAUGUGGUUUUUGUCAAAAGUAUAAAGAUUGAUGCAGGCAAUCAUGAAGACACUAAGAUGUUGAAAUCAGUCAAGGAUUCAUUGAUCCCAUUUCUACUUAAUGAUCCUUUUACUUCUAUCAAAAAAGACGAUAAUAAGUUAUUGGAAUUACCUACAUGUCCUGUAUGUUUAGAGCGAAUGGAUGCCAAUAUCACAGGUUUAUUGACCAUCCCGUGUCAACAUACUUUUCAUUGUCAAUGUUUAAGUAAGUGGAAAGAUGACACUUGUCCCAUAUGUAGAUACUCGAAUAAUGUGUCUAAUCAGAAAGUCAGAAGAUCGAUAAGAAGAUUAUCUCAGUAUAAUGCCAGACAAGCUUCAGUUGGAUCUUCCAGCAGAUCAGGUUCAGUAUCUUCUGCUGGUCCUUUGAGUUCAGGUUCGGCCCUAACUGGUGGUUCUGCCAUAGGUUCAAGUUCGUUGUUAGAUUCAGCAAUUGAUAAUGAAUUGGAGCAUUGUACAGAAUGUCUGAUGGCAGAAAAUUUAUGGAUAUGUUUGGUUUGUGGUAACAUAGGAUGUAGUAGAUAUGCUCCUGAACAACAUUCCUUGAAACAUUUCAUAAACAGCGGCCAUUGUUUUGCUAUGGAAAUGAAUACUUCAAGAGUUUGGGAUUACGCUGGUGAUAAUUACGUUCAUAGAUUGAUAACUAAUGAGAGUGAUGGUAAGUUGGUUGAAUUACCUGAUAAAAAUUUCCAAUCUGUAAAUGAAAAAUAUGGGAACACAGAAAGCUUCGAUAAAGUUGAAGAAGUUGGAUUCGAAUAUAGUCAACUUUUGAUCAGUCAAUUAGCAAGUCAGAGAGAAUACUUUGAAUCAUUGUUGAAAGAAAAUAAUGUCACCAUCCCACUUUCAAGAAGAAACUCUUCAAUAGUUGAAGUCAACCAUAAAGUAACAGACUUGGAAGUGAAAAUUGAUGAGUUGACUAAUCAUGUAAGUGUACUCACUACAGAAGUCAUCCCAUCAUUGAAAGAUAAAAUCAAAGCCAAAGACAGUAAAAUCAACAUCUUAUCUAAAGAACUCAAUGAAUCCAAAUUGUUCAACGACAGGUUAUCUGAGAAAGUCGAAUUUCUUCAUAAGACGAAGAAAGAAGUUGAAGAUCAAAACACUGACCUUCAAGAACAAGUGAAAGAUCUUAUGUUUUAUCUCGAAAGUCAAGAGAAAUUCAAAGAUGAACCACAAGAUGUCAAAGACGGUACGAUAUUGAUACAACCAGAAGCCUCCAAAUCCAAGAAGAAGAAUAAGAAGAAAAAGUAG